AUGACGGGGCUUCCAACCGCCCCGUACGCCCAGCUCCGGGCGAGGGAGCUGCGAAUCCUCCAUGAGGCCGCGUGGAAGCUUUCGUAUGUGGAGCUGUGCGAAUCCAAUCCGGCGGAUGGCCGGCGAAAUGGCGGUGGUGGAGGGGUCAUCGAGGCCUUCCUACCGUGGAUGCUCGCGUGGGCGACGCCCUCGUCGGGGUUUUACCACGAUUUCCUCGCCGCCUUGGAUUUUUUCCACGGCGAUCGCGCGUGGGGGCGUCGGGAAGGCGUGAAGGUUUGCCUGGCUCAGGCAUUUCAACACAUUGCGGAGGUGGAUCGGUGGUAUCGCGCGCGGGCGCGUGGUGGGGAUUUCGCGGCGUCCGCAAGCAACGGGGCCCUUUUGCUCGCGUUUUUGCUCCGACGACCCCCAAAGGAGGUUGAGGCCGGCGCGUCGCAGGGAAAGGAGCGCCGCCGCGAUACCGCGUUGAGGCCGGGUUCGCUUCUCGACGAGACCGUCGUCGCGGCGGCUUUGGUGUGUUUGGCGCCCGCCCUCUGGUCGCCCCCAACGCUCUCGUCUUCGUCUCCGUCGUCGUCCUCUUCGUGGUUUGGGGGGAUGGAGGAGGUGGAGAAGCAAAUCCACUCCCUCUUGUUAUCCUUCCCACUCGUGCUACGGCGGGGUUUGCUGCCGUGGUGGCGGCAACGUCGUCUCGCGCGUGAGGAGCUCGCCGGGGUGGAUCGCUGCUUCGCGAGGGUUUUGCCCCCCGCGGCUGCGCCCCCGACGCUUCGUCGGAUGGCGAUCACGUGGUUUUUAGCCACGCGAGGCGUCGUGGAUUGCGCGCUCGAACCCCCCAACCCCUCUUCGCUUCGGUCCGACCCCCAGGACGGGUUGUUCGCCAAGGGCGAGGUCGAGGCGGGGUUGGCGUGGAUUCGCGGCGAGGGCGAGCGGCUUUUUGUGGAACUCCUCGAAAGCGGGGCGCGAGCGCGGGCGCCGCCCUCGCGGGAGGGCGAAGAAGAAACCCCCCGGUUGGAUGGCAUGCGUCUUCCUUUCCACCCCGCGCCCGCCCUCCGGCGGCGCUCCGGCGCACCCGAGCGCGCGGCUUUAAAGGUGCGCGCCCUCUUGCGGAGUGCGUUACCCCGCGGGUUCGCGGUGGAGGUGCUUUCGCAGUGCUUUCCCGAGGUCGAGGCGCGCCAUCUUCGGAUUCGAAAAGAACCCCCCCCUCCCCCCCUCGCGUUUACGAGCGGGCAAGGAAAGGAUGCACGGGUUUCCUCAUCCAAGGGAUCUCCUGAACAGUCGUUGCCGCCACUCGGGGAGGUCGAGUUAGAGUGUCUUCUUUCAAUCGCCGGGGAUAAGCUGUCGGAGGAGGUGAAAACCACGCUCUGUGAAAUUAACAGAUCAAGAGAGGCAGAGAACCGAUCGCAGAGAGCUCGUGAAGAGCUUCGGGUGGCGAUGCAACGUGAAUCAACCCGGAAGAAUCCCUCAAACUCGACUGAUAUCAUGAAAAACGAAGGAGUGCAUGUGAAAUCCGAGGCGGUAGCUGCACAAUCGCAAAAUUUAACCCUCUAUUGGAUGAACCUUGUGCUGCGACUUACUCUGCAGCCCACUGGACAUAAAGACGAAUACAACGACGACCACAGUGAGCAGGUGCUUUACAAAGCUGAGAUGCCAAUCCAUGCGAAUAGACAACGACCGGGUAUUCCACUAAGGAAGCGCGCAACGCCAGGUGAGCAGCUCCACCGCAUUCUAUCAACCGAGACACCACGAUCCCCCAUCCCAGAUCAGGGGAUUGAUAAGGACGGUCCUCCACAUCGAGGGUUGCAUGCAAAAAGUUGGAAGGAUAUUUUCUACGAGAUUCGUACUGAAAUAAAGGAUCUUCAGCGGCACGCACGCGAGGCUUCAUCUCCCAAGGCUCACUUCUGCACCAUCGAACACAUGCAGGGUGAUUUAAAUAUCCAAGAGCAGCUGGAGGCGCUCAUCUUACGUGAGUGCCUUGGUCUCUAUGAUUCCGACAAAUCCAAUGAAAGUAUUCGACCUCAAGAAGAAGAGGCCGAUCUAAGGAACGAACAAGAAGACGCGCUUUGGAUGAUUAACAGCCUCAUCCUCUGUCUAGACGUCAUUCAAAAAGGGUCCUCAUUGCCAUUUGUGAUGACGAGCAUCUACCCUAUGUGUAGCCUCGCGCAGACGCCUCAAGAUUCCCCACCCCCCACAAUCGACCGGGAUGGAGCAAACAAAGAUGGAAACUAUUCCACCACAGCCAUUAUGGCAUCCCUGAAAAAGUGGUGCAAGUUUGUUCAAUAUCAUGUGCAUGAGCUGCUUUUCGAAACGCCCUUGGUGGAGCGAUUUUCAGAAGAAGCGAUGCGCGUGGGAAAGGGGGAAUCCACUGGUGUGGGCGUUGUCGAUCGCCCGCUUCCCACCCCUGCUGCGAGCGCGAUUCAGCGGGCGUCGGCAGGGCUCGCGCACGUAACGCGGCCGCUGAUGGCGUUUCUUCGCCUCCUCUCCCUGGAAGGCUGCCUUGUUGAGCUACGCCUGGAAAAGCUUUUGAGGCAACAACCCCCACCAUACACGACAGGGAUACGAUCAAGAGAAAAGUGCAGCACAACCGAAAGCAUGCUGCGCUCGAUUGAGGCAGAUCAAGCGCGGACUCAAUCAAUCCUGCGUGAUUUAUACGUGAUGGUACGGGAACCCAUCUCCACCGCCCUGCUUGAUUUAACCGCAACAGGAUCCUUGCAAUCAUCCUUGUUGUGGGAGAAUGCCGAUGUGGUGCGUAGUGGGCUGCAGACUGCUAUUCUUGUAGGGGCGUGGAAGGACCUGCGGUGGAUCUGCGAGAGGCUGCUUCUUUCUCGUCGGGCGCAAGAACCCAGCGGAAGGACCUCGGACGAAGAGAUGUCAUUUUUAGCCCGCCUUCUACCCGUUUCUGUCGCCGCACUUUUCGCGUCGCUCAAUCGACCGAACGGGAGUGGGAGCUUUUCAGAUGAAUUCAAAUCCUUCGCGAGCUCGCUAGUUCAGACCACUCAGAAGCAUGCUGAGCUACGAUCCUCCUGUGGUGAUACUAAAACGGACGAAAAGGCAGCAGAUCUUGGACACGCGAGAGAAGGCGCCUUUGAAGAUUUCAUCAAAUUUCUUUCAGCGUUGGAGCGGAGUCUGAGGGGCCGUGUUGCGAGCGCGACCACACGGCUUCGUCAAGAAGCGUAUCGUCAGCCUCGCUAUGUGGAACGACUGGCCCUGGCGCGUCCCCUGCACGUGUUUUCGGCUACCUUUGAGAAUUCACCGUUGACCGGUUUUCCAACUUAUGACGAGAAAUUGGGGCGGAUGCAGAGAUUCCUCUCCUUUUCGACGCUUCUUAUUCACCCGAUGCACGGAACGGAACUCUGGAAUCGGUUUCAGCGAAACAGAGCAAGAGAUCACGGGGUCGAUGGUGAGGAAGACACUCACAUCGAAACUGCGCAUGGGCAUACGGCGUCGUUGAGUGAAGAGACCGUCAAAUCGGCCGUUUCCUGUUUACUGAAGUCCUCGCCGGGCGAAUAUGAAGCCUUUAAGCGCCUUGAGUCUAAGCUCCCUGCGAGGCGGCGUCCCGAAGCGGCAGAGCUAGAGAAGGCCUCCGAGGCGGCUUCGAAUUCGUCCUCCAAGCCCAUCGAAAGGGCUGCAGGUGGGAAGGCUAUCCAAGAGGCGUGGAGAGUUUGGACCACGGCCCUGCUCCAUCAUCCGAACCUGUUGCCGAAAGAAACCGUCCUGCGCGUGUUUUGGUCUCUGCGGCACAUUCCACACACGAAACACUUCAUCUCGAUGGCCCUCUCCGAGGCGGUGAUCGAGGCGUCGCCGACCUUCCAAGACGCCAUCGAGGCGGUGCGGAUGUCCCUCAGCACCCUCCCCCACGGGGGCGCCACGGCGGUGCAGCAUCACAUGCUCCUCGGCAUCCUCGAUCGCCUGUGUGGGGGUGCCGCGGAAAAGGGGGAAGAGGGAACUACCAGGAACCCCCGGGAGGACUUCCGUACCGGCCUCGAGGACUACACCUAUACCCCCAAACGCGAGUUCUGGAACGGCCCCACAGCUCCCUUUCAGGUCAAGAAAGGGCUGGUCGCGGUGGUCUGCGCGUGUCACGACCUCUUGCAUCUUGACAAGGGAAAGCGGCCCGGCACCCCCGUGCGGCCUGUGGCGUUGGUGCCCCAACACCUCCUCGUGCGGCUCCUCCACGCCGCCGUUGGCGAUGCGGCGGUGACACGGCAUCUUUACCGGCUUUUCUGGAGUCAGCCCUACUCGCGCGUGGAAGGGGUGAAGGUGUUUCUUUCCGCCUUAAAAGCCGCCCGGGAUUCCCGUGGGCUUGGGCAGCACGAGUGGGAACAGGAGGACUUCGCCGCGCGAGCGAUGAUGGAUUUCCUGUUUCUGUGUAGUGGGGUUGUGGAAGUCGUCAGGACCCAACACGGUGAAGUUGCUACCACAGAUGAAGUAACUCAACGGCGUCCACAGCACUUCUCAGCCGAAAAUCACCGAGUUUUGUGGCAAGCCUUUGUUCACACAUGCCGCUCUAGGGUCGUCGCAGAGGCAACCGCGUUGCAGAUAGUGCGUGCCUAUAAGAGCUGCCGUCUUAUCGACGAGGUCGAAGAACUCCUUGUCAAUGCAUCGUACGAGGUCAAGAAAUGA